AUGUCGUGGCGUUGUGCACGGACGGCAGGCAGCAACUACAAGAAGGCUGGCAAGCUGCUGCGGAAGGAGUGGCCGCAUAUCGAGCUCGUUCCCUGCGCGACGCACGUGCUGGACCUGCUGAUGGAGGACGUGGGCAAGAUGGACUGGGCGCAGGUGGUCGUGACCCAAGCUGACAAUAUGAUCUCUUUCGUGCGGGGGCUCCAGUGCAUGCGCGCCUUCCUGCGCGACCCGGAGCUGCACGGCGAGAAGAAAUCGCUACCGGUGUUGCGCCUGGCAGGCACACGCUUCGGAACGCAGUUCAUCGCAGUGUCUCGUCUGCGCGACGUUUGCCAGCAGCUCACGGCGAUGGUGACGCACAAGGAUUGGCCGGAGAGGGGGGGGAGCAUGGUUACAGGAGCGGAUUUUGAGGGGUGGGUGAUGGACCAGGGGUGGUGGAAGAAGGUGGACGUCUUUCUGCAGGUGAUGGAGCUGUUCUAUAAUGUGAUGCGGAGAACGGAUUCAGCGGCGAAGGGGAUGAUGGGCCAGCUGUACGACAUCAUGCUGCAGCUGACAAAGGAGUUGGAUAAGCUGCUGGAGGGGAGGGAGUGCAAGCUGAAGUCGGAGGAUAAGGAGAAGGUGCGGGAGCAUUUGAGGAGGCGUUGGGGCAAGAGCCUGGCUUGCCCCCUCCACGUGGCAAGCCGGAUCUUAAGGCGUUCGUCGACAAGUACUGGAAGAAGAACCGCAGGCAAGAAGGGACCGGUGAGGCCGCUGCAUGAGGGGGUGACGGCCUACAUCAACGGCGAAGGAGGAUUCGGCACACAGACCGUGAUCGAUGGGCGUGGGGAGAUUCAGCUGAGGAAGGGGAACGUGAUGUUGUGGUGGCAGUACAAUGGAUGGGAGUACGCCGACCUGGCGCGCAUUGCGCGGCGCACGCUGUCCCAGGCCAUUUCCGCUUCCCCGUGCGAGCGGGGCUGGUCUACAUGGGAUGGCGUGCACACGGCGUGCAGGAACAGGCUUGGGUCGGCGAAUGUGCGCGACCUUGUGUACAUUGCGUACAGCUGGAAUGUUGUGCACAAGUUCCACAAGGAUGCGGAAGCGGGGCCUAGUGUGGUGGGGAGGAAGGGUGCAGUGGUGGAGGGAAACAUUCCCCCCCCCCCCAUCCCCGAGGGGUACAAGUUGGAGGAGGAUGAGGAGGUGGAGGUGGAGGAGGACGACGUGUGCCUCGAUGAGUGGGCAGAGCAGGAGGCGCUGGAGAAGUAA